AUGUCUGCAAAAGCUUUAUAUAUUAGUUUAUAUUAUGAUCGCCAUUCAUGUCAAACAUUAUUAAGAGGUAAGAGUAACAUUGGAACAUUGACUGAAAAUAGAGAAAUAUGUUAUGAAUAUGAUACUGAUUCUAUAACCGAUAAAGAAUCAGAUGGGUUGAUAGAUGAAGAUAAGAAACUUUUUAAAUUUGAUAUACCAUACAGAGAUUACAUUAACAUGAGUCCAAUAAAUGUUAAGUAUGGUAAAAAAAAUUAUAAAAAAAAUUAUACAGUUUUGAAACAAGGUGUGUGGACCAAUAUAAUAAAUUAUUGGUUUAUAAAACAUUGUUCUAUUCCAUGUAACAUUAUAUUUAAACGUUGUCGUGUAAAAAACGACAAUAAAGAUGGAUUACAACAUUAUUUGACAUUCUCUGGAAAAUGUAAAGAUUGCCAAGCUUCAGUUUUUGGAUGGGUAAAUGAAAAACCAAAAUAA